AUGGGGGAAGGCAAAAUCUGCCUGAAGCUCCUUGUGGACAGAAAUGCCAACCGAGUCAUUUUCGGAGAAGCCGGAAAAGAUUUCGUGGAUUUCCUUUUUCAGUUUCUUUCUCUUCCUGUGGGUACAGUUGUGAAGCUUCUCUCCAAGAACAAAAUGGUGGGCUCUUUGGGCAAAAUCUACGAAAGCAUCGAAAACAUGCAGGCCAGCUACAUGGAACCGAACGUGAUUAAAGAUGAUGUUCUUAAUCCGAAAGUUUAUUCUAGCCUUGGAGAUACUCCUCUCUUGUUAGGCAACGAAGGUAACGCUGAUCAGCUUCACGAAACAAAGUUCUUCUAUAGAUGUGGCUCUGGUUGCGGAUAUAUAGCAAGUGAUCUGAAGACAAAGUGCACUUCGUGUGGGAGAAUCAUGACUUAUCAAAUGAAUUACGUCAAGUCUGCGGAGAAUAAGGAAGCGGGUAAGAUAAGCAAGAGUGGUUAUGUGAAAGAUCUGGUUACUUAUAUGAUCAUGGAUGAUUUAACGGUGAAGCCCAUGUCUAAUAUUUCUGGAAUCACUCUGCUGAGCACAUUUAAGGUUAAGGACUUGAGUGCAUUAGAGAGCGUGGAGGUUUAUAUUGGGGAAAAGGAGGCUGUGGAUCUGCUCAUGGCUUCUUUUGUGACUAAGAAAGUUUUAACCUCCUUGUUUCUUGGGAAUUUGAAGGCUUGA